AUGUCAUCAGCAAAGCAUCAGAGAAACGUUAGAGUCUCUGCUACAAAGAAGAACAAGAUUCUCAACACUGUUUCUUCCAUUUCUUCCUCAUCACCACCAUCACCAUCACCAUCAUCCUCCUCAUCCUCAUCCUCAUCAUCUCCUUUACACUCACAAGACUCUCAAGAAGCCCAAAAGAGUUCUUUAAUCACCAAUAUGGAAGAAGUUUGGGAAGACAUCAACCUUGCUUCCAUCCACCACCUAAACCGCCACAGCCAACAUCCACAACACAACCAUGAGCCAAGGUUCAGGAGCCAUAACCACCACCAGGACCAAAACCCUAACUCUAUCUUCCAAGAUUUUCUCAACAGACCUUUGAACCACGAAUCAAACAUACCCACAAGCCUCAAUCGCGAUACCACCACUGUCACUGCUCUCUUUAGCAGCUCUCCUUUGCCACCUCCUGAAACUGUUCUGAGCUUGAAUUCUGGUGCCGGCUUCGAGUUUCUUGAUAACCAAGAUCCUCUUGUUACCCCUAACUCUACUCUGCCUCACCUCACAAACGUUCCUUCAUUCAACACCUCUCUUGAGGAUCUUACUUCUUUUGAAAGAAAUAAUGUGGGUUUUGCCAUCGAAAUGCUUUUGUUUUUAAAAAGGGUUUCUGGUUUUUAUUCUCUUUUCCAGGCUUAUACAAACGAGUUAGAGCUUGAAGUUGCUCACCUGCAGGCAGAAAAUGCAAGACUCAGGAGACAACAAGAGCAGUUAAGAAUGGCGGCAGCAAAUCAGCAACCCAAAAAGAACACACUUCAACGGUCUUCCACAGCUCCAUUUUGA